AAUAGCAAGAGCAAGACGCUAACAUGAGCAAUACUGGGGAGUACCAGCCGAGCUACUGACUACUGUACUCGGUGGCUCACGUCACGUGUUGCUUGACGCACUUUCUGCACAUUUGAAACGCGACAUUCCAGAACCAUUUCCAGGACAACGAGCAACUUUCCCCGCCACACCUUCUGCACUGCUCCACAGUGGGCCAUAGUCCGUACAGAGUCAGUAUUCGUAAGCUGUCAUCAUGCCGUCUUCUUGACCCUUCACCUGCUGAGGCAGAAAAGAGAGAGCAAUGGGGAGCCACGAAAGGCCCAUCAGCCCCUUCAUGCCUCGCUCACCUCGCCUGCCCCCUGUUGCCGAGUCCAGCCCACGACCACCCGAUCGCUGGUAUGAUUCCUCCGCCACCACCUCCGCCAGGUCGCGGGGUGAUCGGAGCAGACUGCGGGAGAUGAGCGCUCAUUCCAGGUCAACAGUGGGGGGCUCGGUGGUGAGUCCUAUGUCCCUCGACCCCUUCAGCUCCUAUAAGAUAAACGACCUUAACUCGUUUUCCAUGAAUGACCAGCGCUGGACACUACAGAGGAAGAAGAUUGGCUUAAAGCGCAGAACUAAGGGAGCACAGGAGAGGCGCGUCAAAAGUAGACAGACCCAGGAUAUCAACCUCUCCUUCAUGCAUUCCAACUUCACCCGCAAGGAGUGUAUCAGGUAUGUGAAGAAUGCCAAUGCGAAAGUUGAAGGCUCGUGUUAUUGUGGCCUCCUGCAGAAUGAGCACAUCCCCCUCUCCUCCCUCCUUACUGCCCCGCCACCACUUAAAUCAGAGGAUGGUACCCUCAUGAACAUCCAGGAGAAGGUUGAUCGGAAGCAACAGCAUAAGACCUCUGGCCUUGCUAACAACAUCUUCAACACACUCAGCAGCUUGACCAGAGGGAAUUCUGUCCAGCUGUCAUCCGUUGCCGAGACCUCCAGCCGCCCACCCACCGCCACCUCCAAACUUUCCCUGCAGGAGUUGGAGACUGGGGUUGGCCAAGGUGAAGACAACAGUGUGUUCUCAAGGGAAAACAUCCUUUUGGCCAACGGUGUUACGUCAAGGUCACGGUGCAAUGUUAUCCAACCUUCAUCAAGGCCCAACACAUUGCCCCGGAUAGUGAUGCCUGCACCAGACAGUCCCUGGAGGCAAGAUACCCACCUGUAUGAGCUUCCCACCAAUGCCUAUGGCAGCAUUACAUUCAUGAAUGAAACAGCUGGAUCUAACAAGCCAUCGAAGUAUGUGCGUCUGUCAUCAACUAGUAAUGUGAAGAAUGUAUUGACGCUCCUCACUGACUAUUGGUGUCUAAUGGAUCCCAACCGACCCCAGCUGGUCAUCUCCGUCACAGGUGGUGCUAAGAACUUCCAGCUGGAUGGCAAGAAGAAGGAAAUAUUCUCUUCAGGUCUUAUAAAGGCCGUGAAGUCAACGAAUGCAUGGCUCCUGACGGGGGGGAUGCAUGUGGGGAUCAUGAAGAGUGUGGGAGAGGCCGUCAACCGGGGCCAGUUCAUCGUCAAGAUAAAACGGAAGAACUUCUUUUCUGAGGAACGUGUGCACAUGAUACGAGGCAUCAGGUGCCUGGGUGUGUUGCCCUGGGGAUACAUCAAGAACAGGGAGAGUCUCAUGAACAGUGACGUCAACCAGUUUACUUCUGUCAAGUACAAGGUGGAGGAGAAUGCUGCCCCAUUAGAGCCAGUGUCACUUGAUGGAGAUCACACCCACUUCCUCUUCGUCGAUGAUGGCCACAGGAACGUUUUCAGGGGUGUUGAUGACUUCAGGACUCGCCUGGAGGAGGGAAUCCGGAAGCCAGAGCCAGAGGGGCUGGGGGUGCCAGUGGUGUUGCUGCUCCUGGAUGGAGGUGUCAACUCCAUCAUCAAGUGUAACUUGGCCCUAAAGCGUGACAUACCCAUCGUUGUGGUUGCUGGCACUGGUAGGGCUGCUGAUCUACUUGCCUACGCUGUCUCCAUGACCAUUCACACUCCCAGCGGAAGGUUCAUCAUGCGUAAGGGACACCGGGCACAGCUCGUCAACAGAAUCUCCAUUACCAUGCGGGAAAUCAAAUCUUUCCCUGAGAAACAAAAGUGUGCAGACCUGCUGAUUGAGUGUUGCACCAAAGUCAACAUGAUUACAAUCUUUGACAUCAACUCAAAUGAGGACAUGGACAAGUAUAUCCUGUAUGCUUUACUCACAGGUGAGGAUGUAACAUCAAUGCAGGAUCAACUGAGCCUGGCACUAUUAUGGGACCGUCCUGACAUAGCGGAGUGUGAGAUUUUCCCUGCACAGAAAAAUUGGCCAUCAGGUGCACUGGAGGACCUGAUGACUACUGCUCUUCUGGAGGAGAAGGUGGAGUUUGUUAAGCUUUUCACCAUGAACGGUUUGGUCAUGGCAGACUACCUCACCGUCAAGAAGCUCCGACACCUGUAUAAUGAGGCAUGUAUACCCAACUCCCACCUGAUGAGGCUGCUACAGCGAGCAUCACAAAACAACUACCACUACCUGUUCCAUGUUCACAACGUCCUGCAGGCCAUGAUGAGGCGCCACCAUGACGACAUCUACACCUCAGACACCCCUCAGGCCCAGUCUGACAAUCCAUCCAUUAACUAUCUGACCUUUGAGGACCCUUACAUGGAGCUGCUUCUGUGGGCCAUUUUCAGCAGACGUGCCUGGUUGGCCAAUUACCUGUGGCAGCGGUGUAACUCACCACUGUGUGCCGCCAUUGCUGCCUCUUGCCUGUACCAAUCACUGUGGCGUUCUCUUGGGGCCAAGAACACAGACAUUCUUGAGGAAUACAAUAAAAACAAGAACACCUUUGAACUAUUUGCUGUCAAUCUGCUGGGUGUGUGCUAUCAGCAAGAUGUAAUCAAUGCCUUGGGCCUGGUGGAGCGAAGGAAUGCCAAAUGGGGCAACAGUGACUGCCUUGAGUUGGCAGUCAUGGCCAAUGACUUGAUCUUCAUCUCCACCCCUGCGGCCCAGGCCAGUGUAGAACUCAACUGGCGGCGUGGCAUGAGCAGGGCGCCCUUCUUUGCAGUUAUGAUUGCCAAUGUUUUUCCACUUCUAAUUUUUUGGCCACGUUUUUUUCGUUUCCAAAAAUUGGGGGACAACGGAGGAGAGCUGACUAUCCCACAGAAGAUGGUCGUCUUCUACAAGUCACCCAUCUCUAAAUUCUGUGCCCACUCCACUGCCUUUGUGAUUUUUCUUAUUGUAUAUGCUUAUGUUGUCCUCUUUGACUUCAAGUAUGAGAUGUCAAUUACCGAAAAGUUUCUCUUUGUCUGGAUAUGUAUCUACGUCAUUGAUGAAAUCUCAGAGAUAAUCUCGGAGCAAUCAUUGACUCUGCGAGGCAAGAUAUCUGACUGGGCAGGCAGUGUGUGGAACAGAUUUGACAUAGUUGCUUUCUUCCUGGCCUUUCUGGCACUGGGCCUGCGACUUCAUCGGCAGACAUUCAAGUGGGGACGCAUUGCUUAUGCCGUCAACACCAAUGUCUUCUACUGCAGACUCUUCAGGAUGUACCAUGUUAACUAUCACCUGGGCCCUAAACUGGUUAUCUUUUACAGGAUGAUAUCAGAGGUGCUGGUAUUCCUGGCUCUCUUGGUGAUCUUCAUCCUCGGGUAUGGUAUAGCAUCCCAGGCGCUGCUGCACCCCUCACGCGAUGCUGGCUCUCUCAACUCCACUUCUGUAUCCAGCAUCAUGGAGGAUGUCCUGCUUACACCCUACUGGCAGAUGUAUGGAGAAUUGCUGCUGGAUGAGGCAGAAGGAGAUGACCAGGAAGUAUGCCAUCAGAAAUCAUGCCUGAUCAAUGAGUUUUGCACUAAUGCAACAACAACAUGUAAGGAGAAAGUGUCGUGUGUGUGUGAGUCCUCGAAGGACUAUUCCUGGGUCGUCAACCUCAUGCUCUUCUUCUACCUCAUCAUAGGCAACAUCAUGCUCCUUAACCUCCUCAUUGCUAUUUUUACUUACGUGUUUGAUGAGGUGCAGGAGAACAGUAUGGAGAUCUGGAAGUUUGAGAUGUUGCGACUGAUCCGGGAGUAUGACAUGAAGCCGAGCCUGAUCCCACCAUUUGUUGUGCUUGAAUACAUCUGGCGGGUCUCCAAAGGCACUUGGAAGCUCUUUUGUCGGAAACACCGGGAGAAUUUGGAAGACUACAUGAAGAGCACAUUGGAUUCACUAAGGAUCUUUGAGAAGGAGGCCAUCUCUACCUACCUGGUCAGGAUCACCUUGGAUGAGGAGUGCAGUGUUGACAAUCGUGUGAAGAGAAUGUCUGAGAAAAUUGACAAAAUAACAAAAUACAUUGAACAGAAGGGAGAGAUGGAGGAAAUUGAAGAAGACCUGGAAUGGAUCAUACAUGAGACUGAUGGAUUGAAACAGAAUAAGGGCCAGUCUAUAUUACUAACCAAUCAAUCAUCUGAACAACAAAAUACAAACAUAGAAAAGCUAAUCUCUAUUCAGCAUCAGAAGCAUCCCACAGACGGCGUGCAGGGACGAUCAAGAGUGGAGGUUAUGAUGGAUGGGGAUGAUGAGUCUAAUCAGGAGGACGAGAAUGAGCUUGAGGACCCCCCUGCUCAGGAAGUCUCUAACAAGGAUAUAGAAAAAGAAAUUAAACUCUUACAGGCAAAGGUGAUUGGAGGUCGGCCAUACUCCAGCAGGUCCUGUGCUGGUACGCCGAGCAUUGCCCAUCGCCGGAACAUGGACCAUUUGGCUGGGUUGACUACACGUCUGGAUGACCUCCACGAGCAGCUGCACCUCUCACAAACCACAUUCAACACUAUGAUGAAGACUAUUAUGGCUAGACUUGACAGCAUAGAAGGUAAAAUAUGAUUGAAAUGAAACAGUAAUAGGGAAGAGAGAGUAUCUAAUAUAGUUCAGAGUUUUGUAUCUGCGAGUAGUGUAUUGUAUAUACCACUAUGAGUGUAAGGUUACUCUCGGGAGCAUGCUGGUAUGGGUACAUGCACUACUUGUAUGGGCAUGUACUGUUAAGGGCAUGUAUGUGUAUGAGUACUUCUCUGUAUGGGUAGUUACCAAAAUGGGUUCUUUCUAGUAAACAGUAAACCAUAUCAAUAAUGGACUUCUCAGUACUGGAUAUUCCCAAUAAGGGACAUCUUUUUGUCCAGUAUAGUUAGCAGACUCAGUCAUUAAGAUCCAAUAAUGGGAUCAUUGUCCAUUAUUGACCAUGUGUUAGAUAAUUCAGGAUGGAUGAGCAUCUCAGCCAAUAUGUAGUGUUUAGAUUUAUUUGUAAAUAUCUUAAUAUCUGGUGGGUUUGUAUUGAAAAUACUGUAGUAAUUUAUGAAAUGCUAUGUAAUCAGAUUUUUAAUAAAAUGUUCUUACAAUAAGUAAUAUACUGUAGUGUAUUUGACUUACAUAAGUUCAUUGUGUUGUAUGGUACAUAUGUUAAGUGUACAAGAUGAACUAACACUCCAGCUACCAAUUUACAGUGUGUGGUGGGUUUGUAUAGACGAUAGUAAUUUAUGAAAUACAGGGUGUCCAUAAAGUCCCGUUCUGAUUUCAAACACAUUAUAUGCAAGCAGCACAAGAUAUUGAAGUGCCUAUUUUACAAUAACUUAAGAUGAGAAACAAAACUUGAAUAGUUACUUUUUCAAAUGCAAAAAAAAUGCAUUUCAAUAUUUUAUGCUGCUUAGAUUAAAUAUUAGUGUGAUGAACUUCUGUAAGCUCUGUGUAUAGUUUUGCACGAGCAUCGGUUUGCUGUUUGGCUUUGUCCUGUAAAUAUUCUGUCUUGAGAUUUUUGUGUAUCUGCAAUAUCUUUGUUACAUUGCCAUAUUUAUGCCAGGCCAGCAUAAAGAAGUGCAAGUACUGAAGUCCCAUAAUGAAGGUAAGUUAAAUUUCUAUAGCUAUUAUUGUACUGUACAAUACAGUAUUCUUUAUCAUUAUGUGUGUUUUGAUGGUAAGGGAAGAUAUAAUAAAGUUUUUUCAUACUAUACUGUACAGUACUGUGUUAUUUUAGGUAUACACGGGGAGAGGGCUCACCCAUUAAGGGAAUCCUCCCAAUGAGAGAUUGAGCUUGCGUGAAUUGGUCUGGGAUUUGGGAGGUGUUGGUACACCUACAUACUGAAAUGGGUAUGGAUGUACACUUGUACAUCCUGUUUGAGUAUAAGCAGGUACAGUACUGGUACCGUAUAGGUAUGUAUGGAUGUGGGUAAAUACACAUGCCUUAAUUUAUUUGAUAGAAUUUUGUAGAAUUUAAUACAGUAGAGUAUACUGUUAAAUACUUAUUUGUAUCUAAUAAGAAUAAAAGUUACUGUACAGGUUGCCCUCAUAUAUAAGGGGAAGUUGAGUUCCUAGAAAAGCUGUUAUAUGUAAAAUUGGUGUACUGUAAAUGAAGACCAGUUACAUUGAACAGUAAUAGGAGGAUCACAUUUCCAGCUGCACCCAAUGAUUUGUGAGGAGCUUUGUGAUUUGUUGUGGUUAAGAAUAUAAAGUACACGAGUUAAGAAUAAAAACUACGUUAG